CAUUUGUUUAUGACAUUUCCUCGCGUCGUGACCAUGGCCAGUGGACUACUCAUUCUUGAUUGUUUACUCUCCGUCUAUCUGAUUUAUCAUGUUUGGCUCAUUCUGACCAACCAGACUGACUAUGAACGUUACCGUGGCCAGCAGCUGCGUCGGCGACACCAUGGAUCAAUUUCUGGUAUGGCCGGAGUCGAACUGCUCACUGGUCACUCUGAGCAGCUAGACACAAAAUAUACUCAAUUCACUGGAUCAGACACGAAAGGAUCAGCAAUACAUCCUCGGAUCAUACAGAUUGAUCAACCAACUGACAUAUUAUCCGAUUUCUCUGGAAUGGACUCGAUUCGAAAGCGU